AAAAUCGCCGCGGGCAAAAAAAAAAGAAAAAAUGGCAAGGCUGUUCCGUUGUAGCCUGUGCUCGCACGCGUUGCAGAUAGGUACCGGGGACGAGCCGAGGCCGAUCCGUACAGUAACUGCUUCCACAGAGAGAGAGAGAGAGAGAGAGAGAGAGAGAGAGAGGGCGAGAGCCAGAGCUCCUCUCUUCCUCCUCCUCCGCCGUGGCUCUCAGAAUUCAUGGGUUCAUAAUGCGAAUCCUCCCUUUAUUUCUUCUAUUACGGUGAAAGUUUGUCUCCCCUCGCCCUCCCCAGCUCAACCCUAGGGGGGGUGGUCUCAUCUCUAUCACUCUGUUUCUCUUCUAUUGUUCUUCUAAAGUGGAGAUGUUACUGGCUGUCGUCGUUGCAGAUUGCUGAUUUCAUCAUUGGCUUAAAACCCAAAUGCGUUGGUCAAGCUGAGCCAGAGAAUUUGUAGGACCAAGAUCCGGUUACUAUGCAGGGGAAGCUGUACACAGCGCCUCAGCCUCCUCAUCUUUCUGAUUCCAACAGGAAAAUCAUUGAUUCAAAUGGUCCGUCUGUCCGACUUUAUCAAGUCUGGAAAGGAAGCAAUAGAUUCUUCCUUGGAGGCAGACUUAUAUUUGGUCCAGAUGUGAGAUCGCUAUUACUCACAGUGCUUCUAAUUGUGACUCCAGUGAUCUUAUUUUGCCUUUUUGUUUCUCAAAGGCUCAUUAAUGAAUUUCCGCACCAAUUAGGCAAUCUUAUUGCUGCUGUUUCUGCCAUAUUCACAGUUUAUAUCAUUAUUCUUCUUUUCCUUACUUCGGGAAGAGAUCCUGGCAUCAUACCUCGUAAUCCACAUCCUCCAGAACCAGAAGAUGAAGGCGAGGGCUCUAGUUUAUCUGCAGAGUGGGCAGGAAGUCAGAGUGGUGUUCCAACUUUGCCACCUACAAAAGAUGUGGUUGUCAAUGGGACCAUAGUCAAGGUCAAAUACUGCCAUACAUGCAUGCUAUAUCGUCCACCUCGAUGCUCUCAUUGCUCUAUCUGCAAUAAUUGUGUCGAGCAUUUUGAUCACCAUUGCCCUUGGGUGGGGCAAUGUAUUGGGAAGAGGAAUUACAGAUUCUUUUUCAUGUUCGUGUCCUCGACAACCAUGCUCUGCCUGUAUGUUUUUGCCUUCUGCUGGGUAAACAUCAAGGAAGUAAUGAACACAUACAAUUGUAACCUCUGGAGGGCUCUCGUGAAGGCCCCUUUUGCAGGAGUUCUGAUAUUAUAUACUUUCAUUGCUGCCUGGUUUGUUGGAGGUCUAACUGUGUUCCAUCUCUACUUAAUUUUCACAAACCAGACGACAUAUGAGAAUUUCCGUUAUCGGUAUGAUGGGAAGACAAAUCCCUAUAACCUUGGUUGUGCUCGUAAUAUUGGGGAGAUCUUCUUCUCUAAAAUUCCGAAAUCCAAAAAUGACUUCAGGGCAGAAGUGAAGGGAGAUUUGUCUUCUGUGUUUGAAGCCUCUAUGUCCUUGGGCCAUCCUGUGAGCCCGGAGAUGCCAAAAAGGAGCUUUGACAUGGAGAUGGGGAAAAGGAAAGCUGUUGCUGCUGAGGAUCUUGAAGAUCUACAGAGCCAGAUAGAAAGUGUAGGUGGAUUGGAAAGGUGUGGGCCUGAAUCGAGACAUUCGAACUGGGAUCGCAAAAGCAACUGGGAGAUCACACCUGAUGUGCAAAUGUUGGCUGCUGAGUUUGGAAUUGAAAAUGGUUCAACUGGCAGGGAUAAGAAUCAUGGAGGCCACUAAAAGUAAAACUGUCUCCCAUCCAUGGCCUAAAAUUACAGUACUGAUUGUAGAACCAACAAAGAACUUGCUAACCCGGAUAAGAUGAUUGGAACCCUUACCUUGGAAUGGGGUUAGAAUUCUGUUAUUGAAACAUGAUGGCCUUAAUUAGGGUAGUUUCCCCUAGGAGGAAGUGCUGAUAUGAUUGGGGAUAAGGAGAGGUGCAUUUUGUAUAUUAAAGACUAUUUUUAUAAAUGAUUGCUUGGAGGAUGAGUUGUGUGCUUGUACUGGAUUUCAGUGUGUGCCAGGGAAAAUCAGAUUUCCCACUAAACUUUUUUUGUUUUGUUUUUUUGUUUUUUGUUUUUGUAAAAGAAGAAGAAGAAGAAGAAGAAGAAGAAAGUUCUACUUGAAUGUUUAAUGGCAGAAGAAGGCUGGGAGGCUCAUAUUAUCUUUUGUGGCCUUCUGACGGCUGGGGGUGUGACUCAUUGUGCUGGACAUUAUUAUUAGUAUUUUAAUUUAAUUUACAAUCGUCAA